CCAGGCGCCGCCGUGACGUCACCUCCGCCAUGCAGCCCUGCGUCCUGACUCCGCUCCCCCCCACACACUGCUCCUGGUGCUCCCUCCCAGGCACAGCGUCCUGUCUCUCCAGCGGAAGGGUUGCCGGGACCACAGCUUAGGAAGGGGGGUGUCACCGAGAGCAGCUGUCCGUACACCCGCACCACUGAGCGCCGUCCCUCCCCCCCGCGGUACAGAGGCAGCAGCAGGAUGGCAGCGGGGAGAGCCGCCUCCUACUCCUCUCCAUCCUCCAGUUUCAACGCUGGCUACGGGAACAGCGGGGCGGCGGCCGGGGAGGACGAGGAUGGACAGAACCUCUGGUCCUCCAUACUGAGUGAAGUCUCCACACGGUCCCGCUCUAAGCUGCCAACUGGGAAGAAUGUGCUCCUGCUUGGCGAGGAUGGAGCGGGUAAGACCAGCUUGAUUGGAAAACUUCAGGGAAUAGAAGAGUAUAAGAAAGGAAGAGGAAUGGAGUAUCUAUACAUUAACGUCCAUGAUGAAGAUAGAGAUGAUCAAACCAGAUGUAAUGUGUGGAUAUUGGAUGGUGACCUGUAUCACAAGGGGCUGUUGAAGUUUGCCAUGGAUGGCAGCUGUGCAAAAGACACAUUAGUUAUGUUGGUAGUAGACAUGUCACGGCCGUGGUUGGCUCUGGAUUCACUUCAGAAAUGGGCUAGUGUUGUCCGGGAACACAUUGAUAAAUUGAAGAUUCCACCUGAAGAAAUGAAGGAGAUGGAAGAGAAGAUGGUUAGAAAUUUCCAAGAAUACGUAGAGCCUGGAGAGGAAUUCCCUGCCUCCCCUCAGCGAAGGAGCACAUCCACACAGGACGAGCGUGACGACAGUGUGAUUUUGCCAUUGGGAGAUGACACACUAACUCAUAACCUGGGCAUUCCAGUAGUAGUUGUUUGCACAAAGUGUGAUGCCAUUAGUAUUUUGGAAAAAGAACACGACUAUACAGAUGAGCACUUCGACUUUAUUCAGUCGCAUAUCAGGAAGUUUUGUUUACAGUAUGGUGCAGCACUAAUAUAUACGUCCAUAAAAGAGAACAAAAACAUUGACGUAGUAUAUAAAUAUAUUGUUCAACAAUUAUAUGGAUUUCCCUUCAAUUUGCCUGCUGUGGUGGUGGAAAAGGAAGCAGUAUUUAUUCCAGCAGGAUGGGACAAUGAUAAGAAAAUAGGAAUUUUACAUGAAAAUUUUCAAAAGCUAAAACCAGAAGACACUUUUGAAGAUGUUAUCACUAAGCCACCUGUGCGAAAGUUUGUUCAUGAGAAGGAGAUUGUAGCGGAAGAUGAUCAAGUAUUUCUUAUGAAACAACAGUCACAAUUGGCAAAACAGCCGCCGACGUCAGCUGGUCGUCCAGAUGCCACUCCUAGGGUCCCUGGUGGGUCUCCGAGGACGCCCAGUAGAUCAGGGACUUCUAAUGUUGCCAGCGUGUCGCCAGUUCCUGCUGGCACAAAGAAAAUUGAUCCCAACAUGAAAGCUGGAACAACAAACGAAGGAGUGCUUGCUAAUUUCUUUAACAGUUUGUUGAGCAAGAAAGCUGGGCCAACCGGGCCUGGUGGUACGCCGGGCCCUGCAGGCAAUGCUGGAGGCAAUAGUUUGCCAACGUCUGCCAAAAAAUCAGGUCAAAAGCCAGUGUUAACGGAUGUUCAAGCUGAACUGGAAAGAAUCCCGCGUAAUCCCGAUAUUGUAUCCCCUACGUCACCAACAUCCCCUACAGAAAGUGAAGCAUCUUGAAGAUUGCAAAUGCACCCUUAAAAUUAUGUAAAAUUGCCUCUGCCUUUUCCUUGGUGAUCGUGGAACUGCGGAGACUGAGAAACCUCACUUCUUUUUUUUUUUUUUUUUUUUCUUCUUUCCCCUCUCUUUACCCAGUCCCAAUUUAGUAAAGAUGCCUGUGGUAUAAGCAAAAUCCAUUACUGGACUGGUGGGUUUUCUUUUUUUUUUUUUUUCUUUUUGUAUGACACAGAUCUAUAAUUUAAUUUUGAUUUUUUUUUUUUACAUAUUAUAUGGUCGUUUUUGUUAAGUCACUGGUACAACUGCAAUUCCUUCUGUUUAGUUACCUAAUCUGAAUAAUCUAGAUAAAAUAAAACUUUAAUUUCAUAGGCUACUAAUGAUUUGCCAUCUUCCAACUGCAAGAUGGAAAAUAUUAAAAUACAGGUUUGCUUGUUUGUCUUUCAGACACAAAGGAAAAAAGCAAGUUAGCAAAUUUUGUGUAGGCGAUGUAGGACACAGAAUUUAAUUCUGAAUUUUGGAGUAACUAAAACUGACAAUAAUAAAUAUUGUGCUGCAGUUUCCACUAAUAUAGUAACCUACGGUAUGGGCAGGUUCUAUUACCACUUUACUACAAGCACUGAAUAACAUUUUUGUAUGUUUUUCAACAAGGCUGAGAUUGGCUUAAUUGUGUUGUGUUUAAACUAUUGUCUCCAGGUUUGUUUGUCUAAUGUGUACAGAUCUGCACUAGCUGGUAUUUAUCUGGUUUACAUGGAUGGUCAAAGAGUCCUGUCUUCUACAAUCAGUUAAUAAAGUUGUAUUUAUUCUC